UUUUCAAUUUCCUAAUCAAAUACGUAAUCUGUCUUUAACUUGGCGCCACCACAAAGCAAUGCGAUUGGAAAACGGCGACGAUCGAUCCACGUGUCACCGUAUUGAAAACUCCGGCGGUAGCGCCGACGGUUUGACGGAGAAUUUUUCUCCGGUAAUUGACGCCGGUGAAGGACUAUUCGUUCCGCCUCUCAAUUUCUCUAUGGUUGAUUAUGGUGUUUUUCGGUCUGGUUUCCCUGAUACUGCUAACUUCUCCUUUUUGCAAACCCUAGGCCUUCGCUCUAUCAUCUAUUUGUGUCCGGAGCCAUAUCCUGAAGCGAAUGUAGAGUUUUUAAAUGCGAAUGGAAUUCGGCUUUUUCAAUUUGCCAUUGAAGGAUCCAAGGAGCCACCAUUGGUCAACAUCCCAGAGGAAACAAUAAGAGAAGCUUUGAGGGUUGUCCUUGAUGAAAAGAAUCGACCUCUGUUAAUUCACUGCAAAAGAGGAAAGCACCGAACUGGCUGUCUUGUGGGGUGCCUCAGAAAAUUACAGAACUGGUGCCUUACUUCAAUUUUUGAUGAAUACCAAAGGUAUGCUGCUGAAAAAGCUAGAGUAUCAGAUCUGAGGUUCAUGGAGUUGUUUGACAUUUCUGGCUUCAAGCAGCCGCCAACAUUCUGUUCGCAUACAAAGAAUUAAUUCGAUAAGAUGUACAGUACGGGAGGCAAUUUUGGCGUUGCAUUUUUAAUUGAAUCAUUUGAGUCCAGUCCCAUGAGCACUGGAUUCCUCAUAUGAACUUUGUUUAUGGUUUUCGCUAGUAUCCAAUUCUUAUCUUUUGGAUGUAAUCUGUCUUUUUAGAAAGUAGAUGGCAUCUAUUAGAUGUUGCUAUGAUAAAGGGGCUCCUCCUCUGUUAUUUUUUUGUGUUCACUAGAUAGGGGAUUGAGAGUUAUAAAGUUGCAUUAUUUUGCUUAUUAGAGGGAAGAGGGGAAGGUUGUUUUCUUCAGUUUGAACUGUAAGAACUUGGAACCCUGCCAAAAGGCGAAAGCUGUUAUAAAUUUGGAUUUCUUCAGUA